CAGGGGCCAAGUCCGCGUAUUGCAACACACAACUACGUACUCAAUUCAUCUAUAACUAGUUCAGGAACAAGGACAAAUAAUUUUCAGUCUUCUUCUCAUUAUCCAUUUCCAGCCUUUUCUUUCUUUAGUCUGUUAAUUCCUUUGUUACAUUCCCUUUCCUUUCUUCUCUAAUCACCCGUCAUUACGGAGUUGAACACACUCAUUUGUAUCAGACUUCCAACCCCACAAUCGUUUUUCAAUCUUCAUCACUGUUUCAAAACGGCACAAUGGCAGGUUUUACUUUCUACAAUUAUGAGCCCUCCCUACCAGCGGCCGCCAUAUUUGUCAUUAUCUUUACCACCACCGCUCUUGUUCACAUGUGGCAAAUGUUCCGGCAUCGAACAUGGUACUUUAUCCCAUUCCUCAUCGGCUGUCUUUUUGAGGCGUUUGGUUAUGUUGGCCGUGCGCUCUCCGCAAACGAAGCUCCAGACUACACCAAAAACCCAUACAUCAUGCAGUCGAUAUUGCUCCUCCUCGGUCCUGCACUCCUCGCCGCGUCUAUUUAUAUGAUACUGGGCCGGUUGAUAGUCCUUUUAGACGCCGGCCAUUUAUCUCUCAUUCGAACAAAGUGGUUGACCAAGGUUUUCGUCAUCGGCGACGUACUAUCUUUCCUGGCACAGAGCGGCGGUGGCGGUAUGCUCGCCUCAGCAAAGUCCAAAGAAAGUGUCGAAAAGGGCGAGAAUAUGAUAGUUGGUGGAUUGCUCAUUCAGAUCGUUUUCUUUGGCUUCUUCAUGAUUGUCACAGUUGUCUUUCACAUGCGAAUUCGCUCUCGCCCAACAUCUCGAUCUCUUGUCUUGAACACUCCUUGGGAGAAGCUGAUCUUCAUCCUUUACGCUUCAAGCCUUUUUAUCCUAGUUCGUUCUGUUUUCCGUGUCGCGGAAUAUGUUCUUGGAAAAGAGGGAGCGCUGCAGGCAGAAGAGUAUUGGAUCUAUAUCUUUGAUGCGACGCUCAUGUCCUUUGUUGCUAUUCUCUUCAAUAUCUUCCACCCUAGCCAAGUUAUCAACAAUCCGGGGGCCGAAAAGCCUAGGUAUACGGUGGAUGAGUAUCCCUUGCAGAGCGCAUAG